CGCUGGUCUCCCCGUCGCUCAUGUCCAGGUCCACCGGGACGGCUGGGAUGCCGCUGAGGCGAGGCCGAUUCAGCUGAUGCUUGCGGUCGUCUUUCUCUGGGCGUAUAUCAAUGAACAACCCCGCCAGCAAGUCGUCCAAGGUUUGAGAUCUUUGUGAGCUGCUUUGGAUAUGGUUACAGCAUAGGAGAGCCACCUAAUGGUGCAGUGGGGAAGUAACCUGCCUAGGGAGCAAGAAGUUGCCAGUUCGAUUCCCCACUGAAUAGAAUAGGAGACGGUGAGCGAAAAGAGGUCUGUCGAGUGUGAGUGACAUUGGCUGCCAAGGGAACGAGGAUUUGUAGGCUUCUGCAAAGGCCUCCUGUCCCCGAGAGCUUAACUGCUGAGAAGAGAGUGCAGUGGUUUGAUGAUUAACCAGUUCUGAAAUGGCUGAAAAAGACGGAGGCCUGAAAGUGCAUGGCUGGACUCUGCCUAAAGUGGUGGCUGUGAUAGCCAGUGGCUUCCUUCUCCUGGCUGGGCUUGCAGCUGGGAUUUGGGCUGUAGUGGUGUCUGUGCUUGGAAGCGAAGGGGACAGCCUGUAUGUUGUUCAGGUGAACCCCGGGGACCAGCGCCUCACCAUAUAUGACGAGCAUGAAGGUAAAUGGAGACUUCUGUGUUCUUCCUCCGCUGAUGCCCAGAUGGCCACCCUCAGUUGCGAGGAGAUGGGAUUUGUCAGGUCUCUCUCUCACUCAGUACUGACUGCUAGCCGUGCGGGGGCCAAUGGGACAUCGGGAUAUUUCUGCAUGGACCAAUCCCGCCUACUUUAUGCAAGAAGGCUCAGCGAAGCCAUUGUUGUGUGUGAAUGUCCAACAGGCCGGUUCCUGGCAACGCUUUGUCAAGACUGCGGCCGCAGAAAGUUGUCCGUGGACCGGAUUGUGGGGGGCCAAGAUGCCAGCUUGGGCAAGUGGCCGUGGCAAGUCAGCCUGCGCUACGACGACACUCACCUUUGUGGCGGCUCCAUCAUCUCGAACGAGUGGCUCGUCACCGCCGCACAUUGCUUCCCGGAGAGGAAUCGGGCGGUGGGCCGGUGGAAGGUGUUCAUGGGUGCCGUCUCCCAGCUCUCCACCAAGGGGAUGCAGGUGGGGGUGACAAGCGUCGUGUACCAUGGCGGGUACCAGCCCUUCCUGGAUCCCAACAGCGAGGAGAACAGCAACGACAUUGCCUUGAUGCAUUUGGAAAAGCCCCUGACUUUUAACGAAUACAUCCAGCCCAUCUGCCUGCCAGCACUGGGCCAACCUCUGGUGGACGGCAAGGUCUGUACAGUGACGGGAUGGGGCAACACACAAUAUUAUGGGCAGCAGUCGGAUGUGCUCCAGGAGGCCAGCGUCCCCAUCAUCAGCACCAGCAUCUGCAACAGCCCCGACUACUAUGGCAGCCAGAUCAGGCCCAGGAUGUUCUGUGCCGGUUUUGCGGCUGGCGGCACAGACGCAUGCCAGGGCGACAGUGGCGGCCCCUUUGUGUGUGAGGAUGGUAUCUCCCGGACGCCUCGCUGGCGGCUCUGUGGCAUCGUGAGCUGGGGCACGGGUUGUGCCUUGGCCAACAAGCCAGGCGUCUACACCAAAGUCAAUGAUUUCCAGGGGUGGAUCUACCGAGCCAUGAAGAUUCAUUCUCAUGCCACCGGGAUGGUGGUCCAGGACUGAAGCCCCAGGAAGCGCGACGCUGCGCCACGGCCUCGCCACGGCCUCGCCACCCUCCUCCCCUUCCAGCGAGACGCCGCUGCGUUCCAACAGAAGGACAAAAAACAAAACACCCAAAGAGGACACAUUUGAAAGGGGACACACACGUAGCCACACUGGACGAUUCCCUUUGGCCAGGCCCAGGGCUUCCUGGAACGAGGCAGGGAGGUCCUUGCCAGUUGCCGUGGCCACCGUGCAUUGCUGGCGUCCGCCCGCCGGCCAAUCCGCUGCCUCCACUGUGUCGGCCUGUCGGAAGGAUGCUUCUGCUCGUUGAAUGGGGUUCCCGCCUUUCUUCCUGGGGCUCCUGGGAUUGGCUGAGUGGUUUACUGAAGUUGUCCAGCUCUUGUGCAUUUCUGGUCAACAGAAGGCAAAAAGCAAAAAAACAAAAGUGGGGGGUGGGGGGACAGCCCUUGUCUUAAGGGCUAGUGUUGUCCCCCCCCCACCUUCCAAGCAAUCCAGAUUACCUGUGAUUGGCUGAGCGGUUAAUGAGGACACUUACCUGGUUGUAGCUCAAUGUCCAGAUCAAGUGCAUUUCUGGUCCAUGGAAGGCAAAACAGAGGGGACGGCCCCUCUCUUAAGGGCUACUGUUAUCCCCCGUCCCUCCACCCCUGGACAAUCCAGGAGGCCUCCGAUAGAUAAAGGAUCCCAAUCUUCUCUGCGCUAGCUGGGAGCUACAGAGCAGGGGGAAACAUUGCCACCCACCUGUGAAUUUCCCCUGACCUUGCUGCAAUGUUGCAAACCUUCUGUACAGAGCCUUUCCUCCAAAGAGAGGCGAUCUUGAAUAUGGCCCGUUUCUCAGCGCCUUUUUGGGGAUGGCCUUCCCUGGGAGUCUGUCUUCUCUUUGUGGGAUUGGACCUGCUGUUUCUGUCUCCUUCAGGCUGAGUUUUGGUAAAAUCCUGAGAUAAUUGGGGCGGAGAGGAGGGAUCCUGUUCCCACCUCUCCCAAAUUCAGGGGAAGGGCUGGAGAGCUGGUCUUAUGGUAGCAACUGUGAGUUAUCCCCUCUGCAGCCUUUGAAUGUUUGGGGACGGACACCAGAAAAAAGUAGGGAGAGCAGUUUCUCUGGUCUUUUAAAGACAGCUUGCGGUGUAGGGCACCAAUUUGUAAAAAAAUAUUAGAGGGGGGGACAGGGAAAAUUAGGGGGGCUGCACCUGCCCUAGUCUUCCCCGCCCCCCCGUUACAGGACUGCUAAGCAGGACUUGCCUUGGUUUGCAUUUGGAUGGGUGACUAUAUAGGAGCACUGUCUGCUGUAAGAUAUUCCCCAUAGAGCCCUGAGAAGGUCCCAGGCUCAAUCCCUGUCAUCUCCCAAGUAGGAUUCGGAAAGUCUCCUGCCUGAAAACCCAGCCUCUGCCAGUGUUGACAAUAUGGAGCUAGAUGGACCACUGGUCAGACUCAGUCUAUAGCAGCUCCCUAUAUUCCUAAGGGUUGGGAGGUAGGGUUAAGGGACAGAUUCUCAUACUGUGGGGCAGUCUCCCCACCCGGCGUCUCGAAGGCACCUGGAGGUGGGAGAAGGGCACAGUGUUUCUGGGAGGGAGAGGAUCCUGUAGCAGGCAGGGUGAGAAGUAUUUUCCUCCCUGAUGCAAAGAUUUAGCUUUGCAGCUGCCAAAAUGGGAAUUGCAGGGAUCCUGCAGAAGGGGAGGAAAUGUUUGGGAGCUUCUGAUCACACCUGCCCUCAGUUGCCUCCUUUACUGCCUAGCUGAUUUUAAGGAGGGGAUCCAAGAUGCCCAGUUCAGAUCUGUUGUAAUGUCAGCAUUGGUUUAGUGCCCUGAGCCACAGAGCUUUAAUUGCAGACUGCAUAAUGUAUGCACACAUGCAGCUGUGUGCAAGGCUUCCUUAGGAACAUAGGAAGCUGCCAUAUACUGAGUCAGACCAUUGGUCUAUUUAGCUCAGUAUUGUCUUCACAGACUGGCAGCGGCUUCUCCAAGGUUGCAGGCAGGAGUCUCUCUCUGCCCUAUCUUGGGAAUGCUGCCAGGGAAGGAACUUGGAACCUAGAUGCUCAUCCCAGAGCAGCUCCAUCCCCUAAGGGGAAUGUCUUAUUGUGCUCACAAAUCAAGUCUCCCAUUCAUAUGCAACCAGGGCGGACCCAGCUUAGCUAAGGGGACAAGUCAUGCUUGCUACCACAAGACCAGCUCUCCUUGUGCUCACCUACAGAAGAGCUGGCUGCUGGGAGGUUGAGGUAGGAAUUUGGCAAGUGUCAUAGAAGCAGGGGUGUGUUGCAAAAGUUCUAGAAAUGCUGUGUUAAGAUGUGUCUGUGUGUGCGCAUGUGUUUGGGUGAAGUGAUGGGCUCAAAUUGCUUUUGAACUUCUCUUGUGCUAGUGAUGUGGACAUCUGAUGACUGCAGGGAGGCAUUUGUCGUGUGAAUGAGCCUUCUGAGCAAGGAACGUGGUUUUGGUGUUUGUGUGUGUAUUUAAAAUUUUUACCCUUUUUCUUACCAAGCAAACAGGGAGCAGGCGCUGCUUUUUCAACUUUGCGUGUGAGAUGGCUCUUGAAUUGCGGAGGAGAAUUAUGGCCGAGGGCUGGGGAUAGAGCAGUUGUCAGAGCUUUGGUUUGUGGGGCUGUUUGCGGGUAUGCCCUUGUACUUGGGACUGUGGCCAUGCAUGGGCACCCCCUUUCCUCGUGGGUGAGCCAACAGAACAACACAGAAGGCAAUAGCAACUGCACAGUAAACAGUGAUGUACUGGAUGUUCUUGGCUCUCUUAAGAAGUCUGGACAGAGUCGGGACACAUCAGUGCUGAUCUGCCUCUUGGCAAGCGUGUCAUGAGUCCAAACUCCAAGGUGGAUCCACUCCAGUGCCCUGGGGUUGUAAAGAUAGCGAGUUCCAAAGUGAAGCCCCCAAUUUGAAAACCCCCACCCCCCAGUUUUAAAUAUGUAUAAAAACUGGCAUUUCUCAUUAAGUUUAAAUGCAUGCUGGGACAGGAAGGUAAUCUACACAGCGACUUCCUCCAUCACCCAGAGACUUGAACCUGAUACAGACAUUAUGCUGGACGAGUGUACAGAUGCCUGCACACUCAUACAGGUGUUUGUGUGAAUGACUGUACCUGCAUCUAUUUUAGGGGUGGAUACAGGCCUUCAAAUGCAUGGUACAGACAGGAAGUGUACUUCUGUGACUGUGUUCAACAGAACAUGGGAAUGACUGUACCAGUGUACACUGUACGGUGAAAGAUAUUUAUUUAUACCGCUUUUCAACAAAAGUUCCCAAAGUGGUUUACAUAGAGAAAUGCAGUCACCCCUCAUCAACCACGAGGGUUCCGUUCUGGGAAAACCUCGCUGUUGGUGAAUUUGUGGUUGGCAAGGUAUUAAAACCAAUGGGAAAUGGGGGUGGGGUGUUAGGGGAAUCAUGGUUGCGAAAGGUUUGCAAAAUACAGUUUAAAAUAGAAAAAAAAUCACUCCUGAACCCUUGAAAAUCAUCCCUGAGCCCCAGAAAUUGCAAAAAACAAACACAACCCACCACAAAUCUCGCCAAACCGUGGAUACUUGGAUUGUGGUUGGGCAGACCUGCCACAAUUUCCCAGUCGCAGAUACUUAAAACCAUAAUUGGGAAACAGUGAUUGGGAAUUGGCGAGGGAUGACUGUAAAAAUAAAUAAAGAUGGAUCCCUGUCCCCAACGUCUGACAAUCGAAAAAGAAACAUGAGACAGACCCUAGCAACAGCCACUGGAGGGUUGGAUCAAAUAAAGAGAAUCCCCACUUUUAAAGAUGCCUCUUUGCUCAGUUAGCAGCGGACACUUGUAUGAGUGUUGAACAUAACAUAUGUGAAUAGGCCUUUUUUUGGUUCUAUAACUUUUCUGCUUCUUGGACUGUGGUGUCUACCUUCUUUUAGGCUGAUGCGGGGAGAGAGGACAGCGGGCAUGGGAGAAUACUGUUGGGGGUCAGUGUUUCCUCUAACAGGGAUUCCCAGAUGCUGUUGACUACAACUCCCAGAAUGCCCAAGCCCAAGCCACUGCAGCUGGGGAUUCUGGGAGUUGUAGUCAACAACAUCUGGGAAUCCUUGUUAGAAGGAUAACUAGUUGGGGGGAUACUCUCACCAGACUCCCCCUUUUGGAUGAGGGAAGGCAUGGGCCGAGAGAGAGAGAGAGAGAGAGAGAGAGAGAGAGAUGAUACCGCAGUUCUGUAUCUGUUUUGUCUGCCUUCUAGUCUGCUUUUCUUGAUUGUCCGUGAAUAUUAUUUUGACUCUCUCUGAAGACUUGGCCAUCAAGUGGGGCUCUGUGUGUCUUUUAGUGCAUGAACCAGCUGCGGUGCUCAGUACCAUCUGGGGGGAUGAAUGCUCAUUGUGUUUUCUUGACAAAGUCUAUAUCCUUAGAGCUGGAAAAUAGGUGAUCACAUUGCAGUGCUGUUCAGCGUGUUAUCACACUUUUAUUGUCCGGGUCUGCAGUUGCCAAACGUGCAGUGGUGUUUCAAAAGCUCUUUAAGAAAAAAACCCAAAUGACUAUAAGAUUUCAUCAAUGUUGUCAGAGGAAUGGAAAUGAGAACUGGCAGGGAUGUCCUCCAAAGAUUACUCCAGGGAGAGAGUGCAACAAUUUAUUCAUUCUUACCCUCUUUUCUCUGUGCAAAAAAAAAAAGAGAGAGAGAGAGAGAGAAUGCAAUUUCACCCUUAUCGUUUGAGGGUUGAGAUGAAGAAGGGGGUGAUCACACACAUAAACAGCUGUAAAUGCUACAAUGCUAUCACCUACUUUCCAUCUCUGGUGGGGUAGACGUUGCCAGAAAUCACGAUGAGCAUAGGUCUCUUGAGGUGGGACUGAUGCCCUGCAUUUGUGCGGCUGGCUCCAUGGAUUUCUUGAGAAUCCAACUGUGCAACCUGAUCCUCUGAUCUGAAGCAGCCUCUAACAGCCUGACUUCUUGUAUUCGUUGCAUAGGCAUUGAAUUGGGAAAAGACGAGAGUAACAGACAGCCUAAAUGCCCAGCAUUAAAGUGACAGCUGCUGUGAUUCUCUGUCGGCAGAGAGUGUGAGGCCACUCUGUCCCUCCAGCUCUCUGGUAAAAGCCUUGGAUGUGUUGUGUUGGCAGAUAGUGAGAGAGCAGCUCAGUUUCUGUCCUGGCAGUGCCAUUAAGGAUUAGAUUGAGGCUGUACCUACUGGAAAUUAUGGGGGUCACCCUCUUUCCACCCACACCCUCCAGAUGUACAAGCACUUGAUCGCAUGGUCCUGAAGCAACUGUCCCCCUUGGGUUUAACCAUGCACAGUUGCACACACAAACACAUUCCAAUUGAUUUGGUGAUGAUUCGUAAGUUAGAGGUCCAACCAAUUGGAUACUUCUGAUGUCCUAACUAAAAUGAAGUGUUCUGUUUGCACAUGGCUAAGGUCAAUGCCUCUCUGGGGCCAAGGAGUAUCCAGAACAUUCCUUGGUGCUUUCUUCUAUUGUAAAUAGACCACAGUAUUGACUCUUUAUUGUCUUACAUGACCCUGAAUCAGUUCGCACAGAUUGUAUAUAUUUAUGCAAUUAUGACGAUUUUUGGAAAUAAAACUGGUUUUGAUUA